AUGGCUGAAGACGAUAACAAUGCUCCACCCAUGGGAAGGUUUGGCGACAUCCUUAGAUCGGGAGUUGAUUACCCGGGGGAGUUUGCCUAUGCACAUGAUAAUGUCAACAUCCCACCUCACUACAUUAGUUUGGUGAAUGGUGGAAAUCUUUUCCAUGGUCGAGAUGAAGAAGAUCCGAUGAGUCAUUUGAAUGCCUUCUAUGAGUUGACAAAUUCUCACCGACCGCCAAAUGUGGAGCAUCACCGGAUCAAGAGAGCUUUAUUCCCUUUCUCAUUGAGAGAGAAAGCAAGGGAAUGGUAUGACUCAUUACCGGGCUACAAUAUUACAACAUUUGAGGAAUUGAAGUCGAAGUUUCUCUUGGAGUACAAUUCUCCAAUGAAGAUAGAAAAGUUGAGAGAGGAGAUCACUUCAUUCCGGCAAAAGUAUGAUGAGUCAUUUGCCGAAGCUUGGAAGAGAUUUACAGACUUGCUAAGGAAAUGCCCAAGUCAUGGUCUAGCUCCGGGGCAUGAUCUUUUGAAGUUCUACAAGGGACUUAAUCAUGAAGGCACAGGCUUGGUUACUGCAGGUUCAAGUGGGAACUUGGACGAUUUGACCCAUGAUGAGGUGAGAGCACUAUUUCAAAGAUUAGCGAAUAAUCAAAGGAACUGGCAUAAUCCAAGGAAGGUGGCCGCGGGAGAUACAUUUGGUGCUACUAAGGAGUCGGAAAGAGUGUCAGCUAUAGAAGCUCAAAUGGCUGACUUUAGUACUCAAAUUUCGUCGAUGACGAAUGCUGUCAAAUCUAUGCAGUUGACUCCUCAACCCCAAGUUGCGCCUAUGAUGAAGUGUGGAGUGUGUCAAGGAGGACAUUAUACAGAUCAAUGUCCUAGUUUGCAAGGAGCACCAAUGGAGGAUGUGAACUACAUUGGCAACAAUCGUCAAGGUUUCAACCAAGGAGCUCAAUAUACCAAUCAACAAAACUGGAGGCCUCAACAAGGAAACUGGAAUCAAGCUGGUCCUAGUAACGCUUCUGGCAACCAAUGGAGAAACAACACUCAAUCUCCGAGUUUUGAGACGAAGCCAUCUAGUGAUGAUCAAGUUGCGCAGAUCUACUCCUUCAUGAUCAAGAAUCAAAAGGAGAAUGAUCAAUUAAAGGAAAAAGUGAAUGAGAAGUUUGGCCACAUCGAUGCCACAAUGAAGAAUUUGGAGAUGAUGAUAG